CGGGCCGGGCCGGGGAUGCCUGCCCCUCCCCGCCCCUCCCCGCCGCCGCUCUCCGCCCGGGCUGCGGCGAGCCCCCGGCCCCGGCUGCCUAAUAAGGCUCCGAGGCGGCGGCCAGCCGGCGCUGGCGGGGCAGGGAAGGAGUUAAAGGGGAGCCGCGCCGACCGCAGCGCCUAUCGCCGCCGGGCACCGCUUCCCCGCGGGCGCCCGCUUCCCCCGGCCCCGGCGAGCGCGGGGCGGCGCCGAGCGGCAGUUCACAUCAUGGGGGAUGUGAAACUGGUGACAUCAACUCGAGUUUCCAAAUCCUCCCUGACACUCAGCCCCACUGUGCCGGCAGAAGCACCAGCAUUUACCCUUCCUCCUCGGAAUAUCCGUGUGCAGCUGGGAGCCACUGCCAGAUUUGAGGGGAAGGUCAGAGGCUACCCAGAGCCUCAGAUCACAUGGUACAGAAGUGGGCACCCUGUCCCAGAGGGAGAACAUUAUGUUGUGGACCGCAGCAUUCGGGGGAUAUUCAGCUUGGUAAUCAAAGGUGUGCAGGAAGGCGAUGGUGGUAAAUACACCUGUGAGGCUGCAAAUGAUGGUGGGGUUCGUCAGGUGACUGUGGAAUUGACAGUGGAAGGAAACUCCUUGAAGAAAUACAGCUUGCCAUCCAGUGCCAAAACCCCUGGGGGAAGAUUUACUGUUCCAUCUGUGGAGCACAGGCCAAGCAUCUGGGGAGAGAGUCCACCGAAGUUUGCUACAAAACCCAACAGAGUUGUCGUGCGUGAAGGGCAGACAGGCAAAUUCUCGUGUAAAAUAACAGGACGACCUCAGCCUCAAGUAACUUGGUUUAAGGGUGAUACUCAGUUGCAGCAAAAUGAUCGUUUCAGCAUGUUUGAGAAAACAGGCAUCCAGUUCUUGGAAAUCCAGAAUGCUCAGCUGGUUGAUGCAGGAAUUUAUACAUGCACAGUGGUGAACAGUGCUGGGAAGGCAUCUGUGUCUGCAGAGCUCACCGUUCAAGGUCCAGAUAAGACUGACACAUACGCUCAGUCAUUGUGCAUACCAUCAAAACCAACAACGCUUCCUGCUAAAGCUGCUGAAAAUUCAGAAUUCAAACAAGUAACUAGCAAUGGGAUUGCUAAAGAGUUGAAAUCCAGCAGCGCUGAUAUGAUUGAAACCAAAGACAGAGUGUCAGCAAAGAAAGAGACCUUCUACAUCUCCUCCAAAGAAGUCAAAGACAGUAAGGAAGGGCAGCACCAAGAAGCCAGUGUGAUGUCUCCUCAAGAACCUAAAGGGGGAACAAGGGGAUCUCAGGUCAUGCAGAAAACUUCAAGCACCAUCACACUGCAAGCCAUUAAACUGCAACCUGAACCAAAGGCAGAACCCCAGACCACCUCUCUAAGACCAGGCGAAGACAGGAAAAGGUCUGUGCAUCCCGUGAUGACAGCUCAAAAAACCCCUCUUCUGACACAGCAAGUCAGUCCAAGGAGCAGAGAAGCGGAAAACAGAGCUGGAGCCUGGAAAGCUGUAACAGAGGAGAAGAGGGAGCCUCAGGGAAUUCCUCCUCAGUUUGAGAGCUGUCCACAGAACCUGGAAGCAUCUGAAGGACAGGAGAUUAAAUUCAAGAGCAAAGUUUCAGGGAAACCGAAACCAGAUGUGGAGUGGUUCAAAGAGGGUGUACCUAUUAAACCUGGAGAAGGAGUCCAAAUAUAUGAAGAAGAUGGAAUUCAUUGCUUGCUGUUAAAGAAAGCUGGUUUGGGGGACAGUGGAUCAUAUAGUUGUGUAGCUUUCAACCCCAAAGGCCAGACUUCCACCAGCUGGUUGCUAACUGUCAAAAGGCCUAAAGUUGAAGAGGUUGCUCCAUGUUUUUCCAGUGUCUUGAAAGGAUGCACCGUGAGUGAAGGGCAAGACUUUGUGCUGCAGUGCUGUGUAGGAGGUGUACCUGUGCCUCAGAUCACAUGGCUUCUCAAUGACCAGCCAAUCCAGUAUGCCCACUGCACUUUUGAAGAUGGAGUUGCAAAACUGACUGUCCAAGAUGCCUUACCAGAAGAUGACGGUAUUUAUACCUGUCUGGCUGAAAACAACACAGGACAGGCAUCUUGCAGUGCUCAAGUCACAGUCAAAGAAAAGAAGAGCAGCAAGAAGGCGGAAAGUGCACAGGCUGUUAAGCUGAACAAGACUUUUGCACCCAUCUUCCUUAGAGGCCUGACUGACCUCAAAGUAAUGGAUGGAAGUCAAGUGAUAAUGACAGUGGAGGUAUCAGCUAAUCCACCUCCUGAAAUUAUCUGGCUGCACAAUGGGAAAGAAAUCCAGGAAACAGAAGAUUUCCACUUUGAGAAGAAAGGCAAUGAGUACAGUCUGUACAUCCAGGAAGUAUUUCCUGAAGACACAGGCAAAUAUACCUGUGAAGCCUGGAAUGACUUAGGAGAGACUCAAACCCAGGCUACUUUGACUGUACAAGAACCUCAGGAUGGUAUUCAGCCUUGGUUCAUUAGCAAACCAAGAUCAGUGACCGCAGCUCCUGGGCAAAAUGUCCUUAUAUCCUGUGCCAUUGCUGGAGAUCCUUUCCCUACCGUUCACUGGUUUAAAGAUGGGCAAGAAAUAAUGCCAGGAGCAGGGUAUGAGAUCCUGCAAAAUGAAGACAUCUUCACACUGAUCUUGAGGAAUGUGCAGUCUCAUCAUGCAGGGCAAUAUGAAAUUCAGCUCAGGAACCAAGUUGGAGAAUGCAGCUGCCAGGUGUCUCUGAUGCUGCGAGAGAGUUCAGCUUCCAGAGCAGAAAUGCUCAGAGAUGGGAGGGAGUCAGGCAGCUCUGGAGAGCGAAGAGAUGGUGGAGAUCAUGGUACACUAACAUUUGGUAGAACAAGUGGCUUCAAAAAGAGCAGCAGUGAAACCAGACCAGCCGAGGAAGAGCAGGAGGACGUCCGAGGGGUGCUGAAGAGGCGAGUGGAAACUCGGGAACACACGGAGGAGAGCCUGAGGCAGCAGGAAGCUGAGCAGCUUGAUUUCCGUGACAUUUUAGGCAAGAAAGUCAGCACCAAAAGUUUUUCUGAGGAGGAACUGAAAGAAAUCCCAGCCGAGCAAAUGGACUUCCGUGCAAACCUGCAACGGCAGGUCAAACCCAAGACCUUGUCAGAGGAGGAAAGGAAAGUUCAUGCUCCUCAGCAGGUGGACUUCCGUUCUGUGCUGGCCAAGAAAGGCACCCCAAAAACCCCUUUGCCAGAGAAGUUGCCACCUCCUAAGCCAGCCACUCCAGAUUUCAGAUCUGUGCUUGGCUCAAAGAAGAAGCCACCUGCAGAGAAUGGCAGUGCUAGCACCCCAGCACCGAACGCCCGCACCAAUUCUGAACCCCAGAAAGCCAUCCCCAAUUCUGAAGCCCCUGUUGCCAAACCAGUAGUGAAAAAAGAAGAGAAGAACGACAGGAACUGUGAACAUGGGUGCUCAGUGGUGGAUGGUGGUAUAAUUGGAAAAAAAGCUGAAAGCAAAGGAACUGUAAGCAAAGGAACAGCACCAUCCUUUACAGAGAAGCUUAAGGAUGCUCAAGUAAUAGAUGGUGAAAAAUUAGUUUUACAAUGUCGGAUUUCCUCUGAUCCCCCUGCAGCUGUCACCUGGGCUCUAGACAGCAAACCCAUCAAGUCAUCAAAGUCCAUUGUCAUCUCUCAAGAAGGGACACUGUGUUCACUUACCAUUGAGAAGGCCAUGCCUGAAGAUGAAGGCGAGUACAAAUGCAUAGCUGAGAAUGCAGCAGGAAAAGCUGAAUGCGCUUGUAGAGUGCUGGUGGAAGAUGCCACAAAGACCUCAAAGCCUACUGAGAAGAAAACCAAGAAGCCUAAGAGCACACUUCCCCCUGUGCUGUCAACAGAGAGUGAAGCAACAGUGAAGAAGAAACCAGCUCCAAAGACUCCUCCAAAAGCAGCUACUCCCCCUCAGAUUGCUCAGUUCCCGGAAGACAGAAAAGUCCGUGCUGGUGAAUCAGUGGAAUUGUUUGCCAAGGUGUUAGGAACAGCACCCAUAACUUGCACCUGGAUGAAAUUUCGUAAGCAGAUUGAAGAAAAUGAAUAUAUCAAAAUUGAGAAUGCUGAGAACAGCAGCAAGCUAACAAUAUCAUCAACAAAGCAAGAACACUGUGGAUGUUACACUCUAGUUGUAGAAAACAAACUUGGCAGCAGACAAGCACAAGUCAACCUUACAGUUGUCGAUAAACCGGACCCACCUGCUGGAACACCUUGCGCGUCGGACAUACGGAGUUCGUCCCUCACUCUCUCGUGGUACGGCUCCUCUUACGAUGGGGGAAGUGCUGUGCAGUCCUACACCGUGGAGAUCUGGAACUCAGUGGAUAACAAAUGGACAGACCUCACUACCUGCCGCAGCACGUCUUUCAGUGUGCAGGACCUGCAAGCUGACAGGGAGUACAAAUUCCGCGUGCGAGCUGCUAACGUGUAUGGCAUCAGCGAGCCCAGUCAAGAAUCCGAGCUGGUAAAAGUUGGAGAGAAACAAGAAGAACUUAAAGAUGAAGUGGAGCUAUCUGAUGAUGAAGGGAAAGAAACGGAGAUCGAAUAUCGGACGGUUGCUAUCAACACUGAGCAAAAAGUUUCAGAUGUCUACAAUAUUGAAGAAAGACUGGGAUCGGGGAAAUUUGGACAAGUCUUUAGGCUUGUCGAAAAGAAGACUGGAAAAGUUUGGGCAGGAAAAUUUUUCAAAGCAUAUUCUGCUAAGGAAAAAGAAAACAUAAGGGAAGAAAUCAGCAUCAUGAAUUGUCUACAUCAUCCAAAACUUGUCCAAUGUGUAGAUGCCUUUGAAGAAAAAGCCAACAUUGUUAUGGUCUUGGAAAUUGUUUCUGGAGGAGAACUCUUUGAACGAAUCAUUGAUGAAGACUUUGAACUGACAGAGAGAGAGUGCAUUAAAUAUAUGAGGCAGAUUUCAGAAGGAGUUCAGUACAUCCAUAAGCAGGGUAUUGUCCAUUUGGAUUUGAAGCCAGAAAAUAUUAUGUGCGUCAACAAGACCGGUACAAGUAUCAAACUCAUUGACUUUGGACUUGCAAGAAGAUUAGAAAAUGCAGGUUCUCUGAAAGUUCUCUUUGGGACACCUGAGUUUGUGGCUCCAGAAGUUAUAAACUAUGAACCUAUUGGAUAUGAAACAGAUAUGUGGAGUAUAGGAGUUAUCUGCUACAUUUUGGUCAGUGGACUUUCUCCUUUCAUGGGAGACAACGACAACGAAACCCUAGCCAAUGUUACCUCAGCAACAUGGGACUUCGAUGAUGAGGCUUUUGAUGAAAUCUCUGAUGAUGCCAAGGACUUUAUCAGCAAUCUACUAAAGAAAGAUAUGAAGAGUCGCUUAGAUUGUACUCAAUGUCUUCAGCAUCCUUGGCUGCAAAAAGAUACCAAAAACAUGGAAGCCAAAAAACUUUCCAAAGAGAGGAUGAAGAAAUAUAUGGCCAGAAGAAAAUGGCAGAAAACAGGCCAUGCUGUUCGAGCAAUAGGAAGAUUGUCGUCCAUGGCAAUGAUUUCCGGUAUGAGUGGGAGGAAGGCCUCCGGGAGCUCGCCUACCAGCCCUAUAAACACAGACAAAGUAGAGAAUGAAGAUGCUUUCCUUGAAGAAGUGGCUGAGGAAAAGCCCCAUGUAAAGCCAUACUUUACUAAAACAAUCCUUGAUAUAGAGGUUGUGGAAGGAAGUGCUGCUAGAUUUGACUGCAAAAUUGAAGGCUAUCCUGACCCUGAGGUAAUCUGGUACAAAGAUGAUCAGCCUGUUAAGGAGUCCCGCCACUUCCAAAUAGAUUAUGAUGAGGAUGGGAACUGUUCUUUGACUAUUUCUGAAGUAUGUGGGGACGAUGAUGCCAAAUACACCUGCAAAGCUGUUAAUAGCCUUGGGGAAGCAACAUGCACCGCAGAACUCCUUGUGGAAACAAUGGGAAAAGAAGGAGAAGAGGAGGAAGAGGAGGAGGAGGAAGAAGAAUGAAACAAGGCUCAAAGAAAAAAUUUUUUGGAAAAAAAUAUUUAAAGACUCUCUUUCUAAGGCUCAGAAAACCAAAUUAUCAAAAGCACCUUGUGUGAUACGUAGGUCUUUGCGGGGGUGUUCUUUCAGCAUGAUCAGUUGAGACCUGUUUGUUUUAUGUAUGGGCAUUAAUGGAAACCAGCAGGCACUUUAAGUUGCUAGCACAAUUGGAUUUCAUUUAAGCAAGUCAUCAAUUAAGUUGCCCAGUCUAUUUUUUAAAUUAAAAUAUAUGCAAAGUAAGUCUACAAUUAUACUCUGAACUUAUUAAAGAAAAACAGUCUAUUUAUUGAGUUCAUUGGUCUAUACCAUCAUUUUCAUCAGCCAGCACUACAGCAAAGUUGGCUCCUCAAGAUCUACUUUACAAGGAAUCGUUUGUCAGACACAUGCAGUGAAUCCCUCCAGUCUUAAGAAACAGGCUGCUCUCAUAGCAAUAUCUUCUAUAAGGGAAGGUCUGAUAUAGCGAGCAUGGCAAUUUGUUUGUUCAUAGGUUCAUUUUUCAUUUGUUUUAAAUAGAAUUUCACUGUCCUAACUUUAAACACAUUUACUCCCCUUUCUCAGUGUGCUGUUAGUGUAGUUCUAAUACUGCUAAUUUGAUAUCCAUGUGUUUUUCCCUGAAAUAUUGCUGAUCAUACCUUGUCAACUUUCCCUUAUAGAAUCUGUCACUUCAAUGCAGUCGCAGCUCCCUACUUAAGAAACAGACUGAAAAUAUAAAGACUGAGAAAAUUUUCUGUUGUUCUGGUCAGUUUAAUAAUGAUUUAUGAUUCAUAUAUAUGCUGCUGUGAAACAUAGGUUAUUGCACAAUCAGUGACUUCUAUGUGCAUGUGUGUGAAUGAAAUCCCAGGUUAGUUAAAAUUUUACUUGCAUUUAUUUGGCCAUUGCAAAGCAGAUUUCAACUGAUGAUAAGCUGGAAACUCCCACAAACUUUUGGAGUAGCCAAAAAAGAUAGUAGUCUGGAUUAGAAACUCCUUUAUACUAAGCAGUUUCCAAAGAAUCGUAACCUAUAUAGGACUUACUUGUACCUUAUGAGCUUGACUGUCUUGUUUUUGUCUUGAACCUGCAUCAGUAAGGCUGUUGCCUUUUUUAAAAAUGCAGAAAAAAAAGAAAAAAAAUCCCAAACCCAAAUUUUUUCUCAGAAGUGGUUAAUGCACUCAGACUUAGUAACUUUGCUUUCCUUUCACAGUGUUGGCACUUUUUAAUUUUUUUGUUGUUCGGAGGUAAUAUCAGAGGCUGUAAGGUGAUACGCAUAAUUCAAAAACAGUGUGUCCUAUAUCUAUGUAUCAUUCCAAAAGUGAUUCUUUCUCUUUUCCACUUUUUGUGUGUAAAGUGCAACCAUCUGCAUUUCAAAGGUUACCUCUAUAAAAAAAGAAAUUAUUUUAAAUCCUCACAAUUAAGUAGUCAGUGUACUUUAAUACAGGUGUGUACAAUAUCAACCUUAGGUUGUUUGAUAUUACCUAGUUGUGUAUGUUUUAUAUGAUUUGCUCUUCUACAUUCAAAACUCAACUAAUGUGGAUCACACGAUGGUUUUUAUAACUGCUUUACUCUUUGUUGCUAGGUUCAGAUUGCCAGCAUGUCUUUUCUUUUUCAAUGGAUAAAGAACUCGUUAUACGAAACACAGUAUUGCCACAAUUCCUUAUACAGAAAGGUUUUUAAUCUGAUUUAGAGCAUACAGAGCUUUUCUCACAUGUUUUUUAAAUGUGUUAGGCAACAAUGGGGUGUAUUUUGUACCUUAAUAAAAAUAUGCUAAUGUUUUCCCAGUUUGUUAAACCGUCAGAAUUGCAAAGAUGAGAAUGCUACGGCUGUAGUUACUCACAGUUCCUAAAUAAAUAAUACCACAAAGCA